AUGCGCUUUAAUGACAACCGUUGGACCAGAGACGUGAGCGACUGGGUUCCCCGCGAUAUUAAGCGCACUACAGGAAGACCGCCGACCCGAUGGUCAGAUUUCUUCACGAAGUCCUUGAAGAAAAAUAUGAUGCUCUUCGUGUCCCACGCGAAGGGAGGAACCACUGGGCUACUCUGGCACGCGAUCGGGACAAAUGGAAGAAUUACUGGCGCCCGCUCGACCAGUUCGAAGAUCAACGGGAGUCAAGGUGAUCAAGGUGAUCAAGGUGAUCGGGUUGGCGUUGUCGGGCUGAAGCUGGUUGUAAGAUUUCCCCCUGCAUAG